GACGAAGGUGUUGUUCAUAUUGGGGAACCAGAGACCCCGUUGUUUUCUGAAUCAGGUGAAGGCGAUAGUGAAUUGAUGGCGCAAGUUGAGGAUAUAUCAGCUAUACAGAUAAAUCAGCAAUCAACAACAAGCAACGAGAAGGAGAAGGAGACAAGCAACGAUGCCCAACAACUUUUGGAGAGUAUAGAAGAAGAACUGGCGAUGUUGCUACCGGAAGGCACAACAGAGUCGUUGCCCCAACAUUCCGCUAGCACCACUCAAAGCAUGGAAUUGGAUAGUAAUGCACCGGUGGAACUUUCGGCAGCUAUUAAACGAAAAAAGAAGAAGAAAUAA